GCGAUGGUGCUCUGCCGGUUUCUGAGCGCGCUGGGCGGAGUCGGCCUCGUUCAAGCGCUGCUUGUCAAAUCUGUCACAAGAAGAAGGUCAAAUGUGACUUGUCCGAAAGUCAGUUUCCUUGUACGAAUUGCACUGUAGCAAAAUACGUUUGCAAGCCGCACCAAAGGAAACGUAAACAUUAUGUGCUUAGUCCAUCUCCCCCUCCUGCGCAAGGUCGAGAAGAACACACUCAACUUCAGAGGUCCCCGUCGCGCCAGCCUUCUAUACAGCAACCGCCGGCUCAGUCCAGACAAUCUUUGGUGCCUUUAUCGCACUUGAUCCCUGAUAGCACGCUGUCAGACAGCACCGACCUUGAUGACAGUCUCCCAGAUAAGGGAGAAUGUUUCCUUGGUCGUAGCGAGUACCUCGCGCCGGGUAUCCCGUUCAACGAAGCGAAAGCAGACAGCAGUGUACGCAGUUCUCAACUUUCCGAGAUUGACUCAACAAUUCUAUACUUACAAAGAGCAUUUGAUCUGCCCUCAAGGUCUGUGCAAAAUAGCCUCGUCGAUAACUUCAUGACUUUUUGCCUUCCGUGGAUGCCCAUUGUCGAGCGAUCAUGGCUGGAAGAAAAGGACCACUUCAAGCCAUCUCCACUACUUCUGCAAUCAGUUUUCCUCGCCGGUAGCAGGGUGGCCUCUGGUCUUUUACCCAAUAUAUCAUCCGAGGACUUCUAUCGGAGAGCCAAAGCCUUGUUCUACUGUGGCUAUGAAAAGAACAGAAUCAUCAAUAUUGUGUCACUCUGCCUGUUGCACUGGUGGAGCCCCGCAGGCCCUGAAGAGCUCCCAGCGGACAAUAGUGAUUUCUGGUUGAGUAUCGGGGUACGGUAUGCCUAUCAAGUUGGUCUUCACAAGCAGCCAACAGAUGGGAAGCACGCAGCCCUCAAACGCAGGAUAUGGUGGACGCUCGUUGCUAGAGAUUGCAUGAUAUCUGCCUCCCUCGGCCGGCCGCGGACAAUAUGCUUGGAGGAUUGUGAUGUGAGUCCACCUUCUUUGAGAGAUUUCUCUGUUCAGGGUCCUACCAGCCGAUUAUACGUGGCUUAUGUGGGUAUUUGUCAAAUCAUGGGCGACAUUGCGGAACACCGAAUGCGACAGAAGUUAUCUGGCAGUCCUCGUGUUCAGUUUGAAAACGCUCUUUACCGCUGGGUUAAAGAUCUGCCCCCUGAGCUCCGUCUGUUCCAUCACGGAUCAGAACGAACCUUAAGCUCAUACAAUUUCCAAGCUCGACAACUUCUCAUCCACUACUUCGUAAGCUUGGUGAUGUUGUUUGGAAGCUCGGACUCGCAAAGGAAGCACACUGCCACCUGUCUUCUGGCGUCUUCUUUUAUAUGUGGCAUCUUCCAGGACUUCCUGGCUCGAGGAGAGCUACGCUAUCUAAGGGUGAACUUCGCCUUUCUCAGCUUGGCUGCGGGGCUGUCUCAAUUGACGGGGUAUCGAUACUCGGCUUUGCGUAGCUUGGCAGAGCAUGAAAUUGAUGUCAUCAAACUGUCGUUGCAAGAGCUUUCCGUGAAGUGGCGUUCUGCGAAGGGGGCGCUCAAAUCGUUGGUGGACGUCGCCAGCAGCAUGUCGCAACAGCCGCAGUGGCCGGAACCAUGCCCAAAGCUUUCGUCAACCGCCCUUCUCUUCUUCGAAGAUUUUGGCCCCGAAUUGUGCGAAGCAUGGAGCAUACUGGUGGGCCAGGAUCGCCUCUCAAAUUCUCUUCCGACUACCAGCCUGGGGGCUUGCAGAGCAGCGACCGACCACGCCGAACACUUCGAGCCGUCAACGUCAAUAGACCCAACAGUGGUGGUUGAGCCUCCAUCAGUCCCGGACAUGUCGUUCGACUCGCCGUGCGCUUUUGGUCACCAAGGCGUGGAUGGACUUCACGGACAGGUUGCACCAUUCUGGCCUGGAUGGGACUCGAGUGGGACGUGGCUAUUGACUGACUUGAACGAUGAAGGGCUGUGGUGAUCAUGUCCUCGACCAACCAACGACGGAAAUGGGAUCCUGAGAAUUGGCAUUUGCAGCGCCGCAAUAUCUAAGACCGAAAGCUG